AUGCAGGAAUUUGUCGGUGAGACAGGUUUCAGACUGGUUACCUCUAUACUCUACUAUGCACAAGAAAAUGGCCAAGUAGAAGCAGCCAACAAAGUAAGAAUAAGUCUGAUUAAGAAGCACGUUGGUAAAAAGCCAAAGAAUUGGCACAAGACUUUGGACCAAAUUCUAUGGGCAUGUCGAACGUCCCCUAAAGAGGUGACAAAUUCAACGCCAUUUCGACUAACAUUUGGUCACGAUGCCAUAUUGCCGGCGGAGAUAUGCUUACAGUCCGUCAGAGUCCAGCGUCAGAAUGAUCUUCAGUCAAAGAAAUACUGGAAUAUGAUGUUCGACGAGUUGGUUGAUUUAGACGAAGAAAGGUUGGCUACGGUCGAAAUGCUGAUCCGGCAAAAGGAACGCGUAGCCAAGGUCUACAAUAGAAAAAUAAAGGGAAAAACAUUUGUUGAUAAUGAUUACGUGUGGAAAGUAAUUUUUCCUAUGGAUCAUCGAGAUCGAACCCUAGGUAAGUGGUCAGCAAAAUGGGAAGGACCGUUUUGA